AUGGGGUCCCAAGACCAAGACUCUCAAUCCGAGCCCGCCUCGCCCACCGCCACUCUCGCUGAGCUCCAAGGGAAGCUGGCAGAAGCGCGCAAGGCCAAGGGCAGAAAAUCCAAAGCAAAGAAGGAUGAGAUCAGCAUGCUGGAAGAGCAAAUCAGUGCACUUCAGCCACAGGCUCCAGCAACCGACUUUCCUCUACGAGAGUCUACACCAAUCCUGACUGCCCAAAAUGAGGAACUUCGGGUCAACAUGACGAUGCUGGAAAAAUCGGCCUUUCCGCCCUCGGUGGACAGGCUCUUGUACUUCGGUCCAGACGGAGCAGCUUUCUUGAAUCUCAGCCCACUAGAGAAGCUGAAGUUGUUCGAGACGAAGUUCAAGGCGGGGCGCAUCGAUCCGCAACAUGUUGCCCUCAUUGACGACAAAUCCGGCUCCACGAGAGUGAUCUACAAGACCAAGACUCGCUGGCAGUCCAAGUUCAUCACUCCAUUCAAGACUGCCUUUCAGAACGACAACUGUGCCUUCAUCUAUCUCGUCUUUCGCGACGAACCAGGCAUGGCGGCUAUUGUACCGUCACUCUUGCUGCCUCCCCAAUACGUUCCGGGCGGUCGCGGACACAUCCAGAUCCAAUUGCCGAUACCAGGUCCUUUGAUCGGAUUCGCCUUCAAGCAACAAUCAUCCGCCCUGGCAUUCACUGGACUCACCAAUGCGCUGCGCACCAACUCUGAUUACAUUGUACCUGGAACUGAAGCCCGCUUCAACCCCACGGCAUUCCUCAAAGACCUGACGAAGAAGGUCAUUGCAGAGGCUCUGGAGAUGGAUGGAGCUGCUCGGGGGGGAUUCGACAAGCUCGCAACGGCUGUUAAUGACUUCUCUAACGACUACGUGCUGGAUCUCGCCGACCACCAACGGACUGGUGAUGCUACUCUUCGCAACGAUGGAUGGAAGUCCAUGAUUGAGAUCAAGGAUGGAUUGCUCACAGAGACAACCAACGACGUUGUGGUCAACAUCGGAUUCCUUGCCCUCAGAGCGAAAGAGCGCAUCAAAGCCUGUUCAAUGUUUCACCCUCUCAGGCAGUGGACUUACAUCUGCAUCUUCUCCCAGAACGGCCGUGUAGUCUACUGGAUCCCUUGUUCCGUCGUCGAACCCAGCUGGUGGACGGACCAGACCGAGAUCAUCAUUCCAAAGCACAAGGUUCAAGACUAUCGUAUAGCCAUCUCCGACAAGCGAUGGUUUCGGAACGCUGAGGCCAUCAUUGCGAAGGAUCCAACACCUCGUCGCUCAGCCGAGCUGCUCAGCUGCUCCACCAGUCAAGAUAUCGAACGUUACUUGGCCUACAACAUUCCAGUGAUGGAGUCGGAAGCACAACAGGUGGACGAGAUCGACCAAAUGCCGAGCAAGGCAUCAAAGGCGGCCUCCAAGGAGGCCAUCGGCAACAAGAACGUGUCAAAGGGGACAUACGAUUGGAAGCGUGAGCGCUUCAAUGCGCAGUGCCGAAAGAACGGCUUCGGUGUUCUCCUACCAAUAGGGAAAGAGAAGAACCCUGGCACUGAGGCUUUCACCAUCUGUCGUUGGAGCAAAGAAGACAAGUUCCGGUACGACAAAAAUGCCCGCAAGCUUCCAAUGAGCCUCCACGCCGGCCACUUCAAGCCUUAUCAGACUUUCUUGAUGGUGCGCAGCCUUGGUGUGCAGGUGGCAAAGACAUCGGGGCUCGUGGGAAUGUACAAGGUCUCGGUCCAGGCGAUCGCCAAGCCACGCCGCCCAGUUGUGUUCGCCAUCGACUGCAUCGGCACUGAGGACAGAUCGAUGCCUGGAAGCCACUUUCUAAUCCCUUCGGAGUGCAUUGACUACAAGAGUCUGUACAAGCACCUUGCAAAGUACACUGGGACAAAGGUCACCUGUGUUGCAGAUUUCGUCGACCUCGUGCGUGCAAAGAAGGUGAGGCUGAGCCAGCAUCCUGGAGCACGCGUCGACCUUCGAUCGUUCCUCUUCAACCGCAUCGUCAACGAGUUCAUUGUCCGCGACGAUCAAGACUAUCACAAGGCACUGAUUGACUUCAGCAUGGCGCAUGGGCAAGGCAGAGAGAAGCUCGUUCCUUGGUAUCGGUACCGUGGGUAUGUCAAGGUCAAUCGCAAGUGGGUCAAGUCAGAGCCGCUCCAUGUGACCGGCAACUACAUGUGGAGCUUCAAGCAGAUCGCGCAAGAGACUAUGAACGACUUCAUCGCUUUGCGGUCCAGAGGCGGAGCUGAUGAGGAGGAGGAGGAUGAGGAGGAGGAUGAUGAUGAAGUCUAA